AUGAAAGAGCUGCACGAGGCGCUGGAGUGUCUGCGUCCGAAAGACUUCGCAGACAUACCGGUCAAUGACCUCAAAACCUUCCUCCCAGAGAUUUUCACCAAAGCGGAACUUAUAGCAAAUUCCGUACCGCCGCCCCCCAAUGGCACGCCCUACGAGUCGUCGCACCGUUCCCGUAACGACGCGAAUUGCGCGAGGUCCGCGGCAGAGCUUACAGUAUCGAAGGCACGGAGACCACCGCAUAAAGAGCAUGAAGCGCUGCAUAAGGCAUGGGGCAAACCACUAAAGCUAGGCGCGAAGGAGACGGCAACAGGCAUUAGUGUGUUCAAGAUGGCAGGACACGAUAGACAUGGCGCGUGGUUUGCGAGGACCAGCGUGCAUGAGGGGCUCGGCUUUGCGAAGUGGAGGAAGGCCAUGAUGCGCGAAUUUCCCGCGAGUCUGGAAGUACAAGGCGGACCCGGAGAGGGCAAUGUGCGGGGCAUUGGCGGAGAUCAACGUUUGGAAGACAUCAAUGUUGAAGGCAUUGGGAAGCUAGAGGUGUACCAAUUGUCCGCACAGUUUCCUGGACCUACCGCUCCACGCGAAUUCUUGACCCUUCUACUCACGUCUCCCAACUGCCUGAGUAGCGCAUCCAAAGUUGGCGAUGCCAUGCCACGGCAUUACAUGGUCGUCUCGAUACCAGUGUCACAUAGAGAUGCUCCUCCGCGGGACGGCAUGGUACGGGGACAAUACGAGUCCGUUGAACUAAUCCGCGAAAUCCCACUCGCGCAUUCGCGACAUGCAUCCGCCUCAACGUCCGACCUCCACAAACAAGACCACAAGAAAACGAGAGAGAGAGAACACACCAUAAGUUUUGCAGAAUCACGAGGACCCGACGCAAAAGGCGAGAAGAUCGACAGGAAAGAUCAUGCGGACGACGACGACCCAGAAACGAAUCCCGUCGAGUGGAUAAUGAUUACACGAAGUGAUCCUGGUGGUGGAAUACCGCGGUUCAUGGUCGAGCGAAGCACGCCAGCGAGUAUUGUCCAGGAUGCCGCGAAGUUCUUAGACUGGGCAUGCUCACACGACGAUUUCCCCUCUCGCGAAGAAGACGAACAACCCACGGCAGUUGCAGAGGAUUCUGAAGAACAUCCAAGGCCAAGUUUCGAUCUCCAGCCACGGCUAUCAAUAGCAGAGAACAACGGCAUACUAGCCGGCGUAGGGAUAAGCAUUGCAGACCGCCCCGGGUCCGUACGCCGCCCCUCGCACCGCGAAUUGGACGGCCAUCAUGAAAAGCCCCUGACUGUAUCCGACCAGACCGAUCCAGCAAUAUCCCAAGCAGUGAACUCGCUCCACAGAACAGACUCGCAAAGCUCCACAGAGAGCAGCUCCUCAAGUCUCGACUCAUUCGCUUCCGCAGAACAGUACAAUACCGCCCCCGAAGGCAUUCACGUCCCCUCGCCUCUGUCCACCAUGUCCGAUACCUCCAUCCCCCUCACCUCGGGCGAAUCAUCAAAAUCCUCAAGGCCGCAGGACCGACACAACCGCGAACUCCAGAAGAUCGAAGAGAAGCGUGCGAAACUAAAAGAGGCGCUUGAUGCCGCGCACAAAAAGCAGUAUCAAGACAUCCAGCAGUCAACCAACAAGUCCGCGAAAGAGCUCGAAAAAGCCAACUCAAAGCACGACCGAGAGAAGAAGAAACAAGAAGAGAAAUUCAGAAAGGAAGUCCAAAAGCUCGAAGCACGCCGCGAGCGCGAAACCGAGAAGCUGCUCGCGCGCCAGCAGAAAGAAGCUGAUAAGAAGGCUCUUCGCAAGGCGCAGCAAGAGCGCGACAAGUAUAAGCAACGGGCGGGGUUGGCGGAACAGGAGCUGAAUUUGCUGAAGGAGCAGAUUGGGGAGUUGCAGAGGGAGAACACCGCGUUAGUGGCAAACAUAGGGAAGAGUGAGAAGGGGAUGGAGGUGCUGAAGCGGGUGAGGGAGGAGUUGGAGGGAAAGGGUGGGAGGAAUAGGGCGGGUAGCCGAAGUAGCAACGAUAGCGGACGUAGCAACUCGGCCAAGAAGACGGGGCAUCGCAGAGAGGGGAGCGGAUUAGCGAAUAUGGAGAGUCCGGAGUAG